CAUGAGUGAGACAAGUUCUGUCAGCCUCGAAGCCACGACUGACAUCAGUGAGACUUCAGUGGCUACCUCUAUCUUAUCUCCUUUUGCAUCUGGCCACAGUCGAGAUGAGGCAGAUAAUCGCAGUGAGCAUAGCUACAGUGAAUCGGGGGCCAGUGGUUCCUCCUUUGAAGAAUUGGACAUGGAAGGCAAUAGUGAUGGAAUGGCAGGUCUGUCAUGUGACCUUGGUUCUGCAGAAGACCGAGACACCAGCCAAGUCAAGUGGACCCGGGAGCCUAUUGCCCCAGAAGAAAAAAGGGGUGAAGAAUAAAGUUAUCUGUUUACUUACGUUUUAGGGACUGAAAAGAGAAACUGAUAAUAGUUCUUGAUUCUUUUCCGUCCAGCCAAAAAAAUUUGGUUACCGAUCCAUGUUGAGAGCU